UUUCGGAGUUCAGUAUUCGGUACUCGGUUUGGAAGUUUUGUGUUAAGCGAAACCAUCUGCGUUACGGUAGCAUAAAAGUCCACCUUUGCUGUGUGUGCAACGUCGCCCCAACAACCCCAUCCCAACUCAACACUGAAAACCAUGUUCUCCAAAGUGAUCGCUGUUUUGGCCUUUGCCGCCGUUGUAGCCGCCAAGCCCCAACAUCAGCAGGCCGCCCAGUACCCGGCCGGCGUCGAUCCGUCCCGCUGCCCGUCGUACCCGAACUGUGACAACGCGGCCCUGCACAGCCCGAACCCAUACAACAACCAUGCCGCCAACCACUGGAACCCGAACUGGAACGCCCAGCCCAGCUGGAAUCACGCUCCGGCCGCGGCCCCGGCCCACAACUCGUACUACCACGGGGCGCCCCACUCGUACCAGGCUCUGACCGGCCCCAGCCACAACUACCUCGGAGCUCCGGCCCCAACUGCCGGUGGCGAUCGCUAUCCCGCCGGAGUGGACCCGCACAGCUGCCCGAACUACCCGUACUGUGAUAACUCGGCCCCGGCUGGCGUGCCGCACGCCGCCCCUCUGCCAGGAUACACCGCGCGCCAGUACCCCGCCGGAGUGUCCCCGCACACCUGCCCGAACUUCCCGUACUGCUAAGCGGCUGACCGCCACCAGGUUCCGCUCUCUGUCCCUCACCGACUACUACUACUACGCCUCUGUUUUAAAUCCCCGCCACGACCGUCGGAUGACCGUUCUGUUGCUUUCCUUUUCGCUUUCCUUCCCGCCGGUCGCCUACUCUCUCGCCCUGUUCUACCCACUGUGUUCCCGUUUUCUCCCACCCCCCUUCCUACGCCCAAUGGUUGUAAAUAAUGGUUCCGGUUCCGGGUAGGUUAAUGGUUCCCAUGCAACUCCCACUGCCACUUAGUCGAUGUUCCUCGAUGUGUGUGUGUGUGUGUGUGCGAAGAAUGCGAACCAUCCGCAGAACGAUCCACUAUGAUCUGGAGAAGCUGUAGAAGCUGGAGAACAAUCACAGCCGAUCAGACAUCAGACAAAAACGAAAUGAACCGAAAUGUUAUCUCAGCGCGCCAACUCGCACACGAUGCAAAUGAAAUUUGAA